AUGGAUAAUAAAUCAUUAUAUGUUGUUAAACAAUUUUUAGGUAGUAAUAAAAGCCUUUCAAAAGUACUCGAUACUUUUACUGCUCAAACAAAAUCAAUUAAAAUUGAAAAUGUUGAAAUUCCAUCAUUAGAAAAAUUGAUUGAAUUUUAUAUUAAUGAAAAUAAAUCAAAAGAUAAUAAAAAGAGACCAUUAGAUGAAAAAGAAGAAGAAAAAUCAUCAAAAAAACAUAAAGUAGAGAAAGAUUCAUCAGAUUCAUCAGACUCAUCAGACUCUGAAUCAGACUCUUCAGAUUCAGAAGAUGAAAAAGAAAAAGAAAUGAAAGUUGAUAAAAAAACUGAAGAUUCUUCAUCAUCAUCAGAAAGUGACACUGAAUCAUCAUCAUCUUCAGAAUCAGAAGAUGAAAAGAAAAAAGAAAAAGAAUCAGAUGAUUCAUCAUCAUCAGAAUCUGAAAGUGAUUCAUCAUCAUCAGAAUCAGAAUCAGAAUCAUCAGAAUCAUCAUCAUCAUCAGAAAGCGAAUCUGAGGAUGAAAAGAAAAAAGAAUCAUCUGACUCUUCAGAUAGUGAAUCUGAAGAUGAAAAAAAGAAAAAAGUAGAAUCAUCUGAUUCUUCAUCAUCAGAAUCAGAAUCAUCAGACUCUUCAGAUAGUGAAUCUGAAGAUGAAAAAAAGAAAAAAGUAGAAUCAUCUGACUCUUCAUCAUCAGAAUCAGAAUCAUCAUCAUCAUCAUCAUCAGACUCAUCAGACUCUUCAGAUAGCGAAUCUGAAGAUGAAAAAAAGAAAAAAGUUGAAAAAUCAUCAGAUAAAGAAACUUCAUCAGAAUCAGAAUCAGAAGAUAGUGAUGACGAAAAAGAUAAAAAAAAAUCAAAAAAAGAAGAUAAAAAAGAAAAUAAAAAACAAGAAGAAAAAAAAAAACCAAUUGAAAAAGACUCAGAUGAAGAUAGUGAUGAUGAAAUGAAAGUAGUUGAACAACCAAAAAAACAAGAAAUUAAACAACAACAACAACAACAAACUGUAAAUAAAAAUAAUAGUAAUAAUAAUAAUAAAAUAGAUUGGAAAUCAAAUCAAGAUUAUAAUUCAUAUAGUAAAUCAGAAACACCAGCUAAAAGAGGUAGUAAUGCACCAUUCCGUAGAGUUAGAGAAGAGGAUGUAGUUUUUGAUGAACAUUUUACAAGUGAAGGUGCCAAUCGUGAAUGGACUGAUGCUUGGGGUGUAAAAGUACAAAAUCGUCUCUCCAAAAAAGUUGGUGACCAAUUCCGUAAAGGUAAAAAUAAGAUGAAGAAAGGUACCUAUACCGAUUCAACAAUUUGUGAAGAAUCAUCUGCAUAUGUUUAUCCAGAUUCUGAUUAA